GUUGUUGUCCAAUUUAAAACUGUACUAACCGGAAUCGAUAUAAACCUAUGACGUAAAAAUUCUACAGACCGUACGGUUGUGCGUGCGUCGGUCGACCGACGCUAAAAAUCGAGGCGUUUUCGAGAUUUUUGAGUAAAAAGCCAUAAAAGAAUGGUAAUGCUAGAUUUUUCAAAUCAUGUGAAAUUUACGGAAACGACCAGAUAACAUAACAAUUCUUAACAAACAAUAUAAAAAUGUCACGUUUAUCUACUGAACAACACAAGUUAUUAACAGAAUGGAUGAUCGAAAAUCUGUUUGAUAAAAAUAUCUACACAACUUUCGAUUUUGUUCAAUCUGAUAUACAAAAAUUAAUGGGUGCAACCAAUCUCUCAUACAAAGACUCUAUAGAUAUAAAAAAGCAUCUUAUUAAUAAAAAUUCAGGUAUCCUGCGAAAUGGUUCAAAUUAUCUUAAUAAUUGCAUUAAAAAAUCAUCUAUUUUACCAACAGGAAUUAAAAGUAUUGAUGAAAUAUUAGGUGGAGGUAUUUUAACAGGUGAAAUUUAUGAAAUUUGUGGACCACCAGCUUCUGGAAAAACCCAUUUUUGUUUAACACUGGCUAAAAAUAUAAUUAAUCAAACAAAUCAAAAUGUCUAUUUUAUAGAUACAAAACAUGAAUUUAACUUUAGAAGAUACAAAAAAAUUGUAUUGGAGGAUAACAUCAAUAAUCAAGAACACAUCAUAAUGGCAUUUAAUAAACUUUUAAUCAAACAAAUAUCAACAAUACACGAUUUAAUUAAUUCACUUUUUGAAAUCAAACAUGAAAUUGAAAAUGGUCUGAACGUAAAGGUUAUUAUAAUUGAUUCUUUACCAGCUAUUUUAUAUCAAUUUGAAAGAACAGUGACGGUUAAUCCGUUUUUGAAUCAUUUGGUUAACAUUCUUCGCUUUGUAAGCGUCGAGAUGCAUAUUUCUAUUGUUGUUACAAACAUUCUUACAAAAAAAUACGUUAAGUGGUCAAAUAAUUCAACUGAAGCGAGUUUUACUGAAAGUAUUGGUUGUGGAAAAUAUUGGAUAAAUAUUCCUAAUAAUAGAUUAACAUUUCGAAAUGAAUUAGGUAAUGAAGAAAUCCAAGUUACAUUAGAAGGAAGUUUUAUUUCAAAAAUCAAGAAAUGUAAUUUAAAAAUAAUCAAUAAUAGAAUUUCUUAAAAAAGGAAUUGAAAUUUAUUGUUGAACUUUGUGUACUGUAAACAGCAACUAUAUCAAAAUACCAUUAUUUUGGAUUAAUUACAUCAAUUUGAAUAAUAGACGUUUUUGUUGGCAAAUGUUGGUGUUAGUGUCCUAGGGAAAUAAGAUGAAGUUGUUUCAGCCAACCAUUUAAUAGUGUACAAUUACACAAAUUUAUAAUUUAAAUAAAUAAAGUAUAAAAAUUGUUUAAAAAUGA